CGUACGUUCCUGCAACAACAACACUAUUGUAUCCCUCUUAUCCUUCACCGCCGUGGAUCUUUUUAGCGAUCUGGUGGCUGCUCUCGUGUGAGAUUGGAAGAGGUAAAACUGGACUUUGGUCAACAUAGUACACUUGUUUGGAGUUAAAAUAUCCAUCUUGAUUGAGAACCCGGGAAAGUCACUACGAUACAUCGUUAAAACAAACAAACUGAGCAAAACAUCACGUCGCCAUCUCGAAAGAUGAUUGCGAAUGGGUUUCGGAGGCACUUAACCUGAUCUGGUUGACGUCUCCCGCUUAGGGUGGUUGACUUAGUGCUUCAUUCUUCACUUCAAUCUUCUUUGGGAACGAGAAUGCUUCCACUCAUUCCAUUCGCCGACAUCGUGGAAAUCACCAACGACGACAAUUGCGACUUUCUCAGAGUUGGCGCGAUGGUGACGAGAUCAAGCAGGGAAAGUGGUGCAGCCAUGCUCGCUUGCACAGAGUGUAGGAAGCAGCAUCUCAAAUGCGAUGCAUCCAAACCAUCUUGUUCACGCUGUACCAACUCUGGUUCAUCAUGUCAUUAUAUCCCAUCUCGACGUGGAGGACGCCGGAAACCUCGCCACGAUCCAAUUGCUUGCCCGUCUCGCUCUGCUCCCCAGAUUAUCAUUCCAGAUUCUACCAAUAUUGCCUCUCAACCUGAAAUCCAAGAGAACCUUAACUCCAACAAUAUCACGCAAAACGGUAUUCCUUCUACUCUGCAAGUAAAUACAUCAAAUGGGCUGGAAAACUGGCCCACCUUCCUGCCAGGCGCCGACUCCAAUAAUGUCUUCUCUGAAACGCCAAUACCGCAAGACGACCGUUUCAUCAGACUGUUCUAUGAAAACUUCCAUCAAGGCCAUCCAAUCCUAGUACCUAGAUCUCUCUACCAGGAACAGAACUACCCGGUCGUCUUGAGGAGUGUCGUUGAUUAUGUUGGAUCCCAUUACAUACCGUCCGGUCCUAGUCUGCACCUCAGGAACAAGGUUGAUACUUCUUUUGCCAACGCUGUGGAUCGUUCCCCUUUCACAGUACAGGCCUGGCUGAUCUACUCUGUCGCCCUUCACUCACAAGGCGACCGCAAUGGCUCAAAGGAUGCCUUCUCGCGAAGCGUCGAGAUGGCUCUUGAACUUGGCAUGAACCGAAAAGAAUUCGCUGCAUCCUAUUCUAGCACCGCAAUACAAGCCGAAAGCUUCAGGAGGACCUGGUGGGAACUGUACAUUCUGGACAUUUUGAUGGCCGUACCGUUCGAGACUAUGUCUGUCAGGUCCUCUGUCACCUGCACGGAAGCCCUCCUUCCAUGUGAAGAAGCUACCUAUGCUCGCGGCAGAGAUAUCCCUCUCCCCCAAACGACAGUCGAGUUCAAGCGGAGAAUGUUCGCUUCACAGGAGAUAGUGUUUUCUUCAUUCAGCUACCGCAUGGAAGCCUCGACAAUUCUGCACCGGGUCCUUGUCCUCAACCGUCUCCAGGAAUGCCCCCGCGAUCACAUCCAAGCCAUUGAAAACGCGCUUGUGAGCUGGGUGAACCACCUCCCUCCGCAGAAGCUCGACGUCAUCGACUGCUACGGAACAGUUGACGAAAUGAUGUUCCAAGCCCACAUCAUAGUCGCAUACGCCGCCAUGCUCCUCCACCUCCCUCGCAGCGACCUACGAUCCCUCUCUGCCGGAGCCGCGGAUCGAUUCUGGCCUCUCCCCGUGGGCUCCACCUCGACGAGCUCCGCCAAACUGGCGCACGCCAUCAAAGCAACCGACGGAUCGCGGCGGAUAACCGACUUCAUCUCCCUGUCCCCGAACAUGCAGAAACACACCCCGUUGCUCAUCCCUGCCCUCUCCCUCAGCGGCAUGGUCCAAGUCGCCACCUCGACCGGCCACUCCGACGACUGCUUCGACCACCACUGCAACCGCAUCACCCUGGUCCUCGGCUGUCUGAAGUCCGCAAAGCGGAUAUGGAAUUCCGCCGAGGAGGCCUACGAACGCGUCAAGUCGAGCGCCGCCGAAGCGCUGUCAGAUUCCAUAGCGAGAUGGAGCGCUGAGCCUUCGAAAGGCCCCGCGGUGCCCAACCAGUCGCCGCGGAACGAGAAUAGUCAGACGAGUCAGUAUCUGCAGACGCCGGCGACGCCGGCGGAGGAUAGGGAUCAGUUGCUGCCGGACAUCACGCUGGGGAUGAUCGAUCCGACGUGCUAUAAUUCGUCGUUUCUGAGUACGCUUGAUGAUUUUAAUAUCAUUUGAGACAUAUGUUGUUGUCCCUGUGUAUGAUUUUCUGUACGAUAUGACUUCAUGCUAGUGAGGUUUGGAGGCAGCGGCACCGGUUAUGAUUUUACGAUAAUGGAAAAGCGUUCUUGUUUUGUC